AAGUCUGCCCUAAAGAAAACAACAACACUGUAGUACACUUUUAAAGUUUAUUUUCCAUUUCUCAAAAACCACAUUUCUUUCAUUUUCAUAGCCCCAACCCCCUCUUUUACCCUAUUAAUUAUCCCCUUUUUAUUACAAAGUAAUUAUCAUUUAUUUGCUAUAAUUUCAUUUUCAUCCUUUGAAAACUGUGCAUUAUUUCUUCUCUUUGCUUUUUAGCCUUCUUCUUCCUUACACUUCAGUGCCUUUUCUAGUUGAGUACAUCUUUUUGUGAAACAUCCUCUGUUUUUUCUUCCUCUGUUUUCUGAAUUUCUGUUUUUUUUUUUCCUCCCUCAUUUUAUUCAAUAAUAACCAUAUUAUAUGCAUUUUUCUUUCUCCAGUGAGUUAUUCUCCCAUUUCAUUUCAUAAAAAUGUUAUCUUUAUUCAAUUCCCAUGUGGGUUUUUCUAAUUUUGCACCAAAAUAGGUCUCAAAUUAUUAAAAAAAACAGAGGAAAUUUGUUUCUUUUUUACUUUUCAAUCCAUAAUUUUGCUGGGUUUUAGUAAAUAAAAAAAAUUAUGAAUUUUUUGUUGAGAAAAUUAUGGUUUGUGAUUUUCUCCCUCCUCAUAUUUUCCAUGGAAAGUGAGUGGUGCAAUGGAGAAGAAACAGGGGAUGAAGAAGCAAUAAUGGAGAAAACAGAGAAAGAAGCACUUUACAAUGCAAUUCAAGGUUUUGUGGGUAAUUCAUGGAAUGGUUCAGAUCUUUAUCCUGAUCCUUGUGGUUGGACUCCUAUUCAGGGUGUUUCAUGUGAUCUCAUCAAUGAAUUUUGGUAUGUUACUGAUCUGAGUAUUGGACCUCUUCAUGACAAUUCUCUUACAUGUACCAAAAACCCUGAAUUUAGACCACAAAUUUUUGAACUUAAGUAUCUAAAAUCUCUAUCUUUUUACAAUUGUUUCAUUUCUCCUCAAAAUUUGAUCACCUUACCUACUAACAACUGGGAGAAGUUGGCUACAAGACUAGAAACCUUGGAAUUUCGCUCGAAUCCUAGCCUUAUUGGAUCACUGCCUACUGUUUUUAGUGAUCUCCAACAGCUGCAAUCCUUGGUGUUGAUCGAAAAUGGAAUUACUGGAACAUUGCCAACAGAUAUAGGCAACUUGGUGCAUUUGAAGAGACUAGUCCUUUCUGGGAACAACUUUACGGGCCGAAUUCCUGAGACUAUUGGCAGUCUGAAGGAGCUCUUGAUCCUUGAUAUGAGCAGGAAUUCAUUAUCUGGGUACCUUCCUACCUCAAUUGGGUACCUAAAUUCACUCUUAAAGCUGGAUUUAAGCAACAAUUUGUUGAUGGGUGAUAUUCCUAGUAAUAUUGGCAAUAUGAAGAAUUUAACUCUGUUGGAUCUAAGAGGCAACAAUAUUACUGGUGGAUUGACAAAAUCAGUUGAAGAAUUGGAGUCAUUACAAGAAUUAGUGUUAUCUGAUAAUCCAAUAGGAGGUGAAAUUAGUAAAAUUGAUUGGCAGAAGUUGCAAAAUUUAAUGAUUUUGGACCUCUCAAAUUUGGGUUUGUCAGGUGAAUUUCCUAAGUCUAUGAUAAAGUUGAAGAAGCUGAGAUAUGUGGGCCUUGGUAACAACCAUCUUACAGGUUAUCUGCCUUCAGAAAUUGCAAAUAUGUCUGGUGUAAGUGCAGUUUAUGUUAAUGGGAAUAAUCUGACUGGGGAGCUGAAAUUUUCUGAGGUCUUUUAUCAAAGACUAGGGAGGAGAUUUGGGGCUUGGAAUAACCCAAGUCUAUGUUACACGAGUGGGCUAAUGUCAACCAGGCAUAGUCCGAUUGGUGUGAAACCUUGUAAGUCGGAGGACAUCUUUGUAAACACGACUAUGAAAUACGAGUUGAGUAGUGAGAAUGGUAAUGUUCUACGACAACAUGCAGCUUGGAUCCCUUCAACAACUGCAUCUAACAGCUUAAAUCCGGAUAUUAUAUCCUCUUUGGGACUGUCAAGCUGUAAAAUUGAAGGGUUUUGGUGGAGUUUUCUAGUAGAGUCAUUAAUGAUAGUUACGUUAUUGAAUUAUUUCUUGUAAUUUAGGAAGAUUAGAUUAGAUGCUUAAGGGAAAAAUAGAACCAUUUCAAAAACAAAAAGGGAAAAUGUAGAAGUAUGCUUUUUCUUCUGAUCUCUAUCAUGUCAUAAAUGAUGAAACUAACAUAUAUUCUCUUGCUACAGAGUAUUUUAAGUCAAACAAGACAUAUCACACGUAUGCUCUAUUGUUGAUGAGUA